AUGGGGGCCCUCAGAUCGAUUCGAACCGCCGUAUGGGGUGCUCCGGCCGCCACCAAGGCUGAGCGCAAAUUGAUCCAAAAGAUUGACAUCUUCAUCCUCACCUCCUGCUGCCUGCAGUACUGGGUCAACUACCUCGACCGGGCCAACUUGAACAGCGCAUAUGUGAGCGGCAUGAAAGAAGACCUGGAUAUGGUGGGCAAUGAUCUCAAUGUCAUCAACACAAUCUUCUGGUGCGGCUACUUCGUGGGCCAAAUCCCCAACAAUAUCGCCAUGCAAUACGUCCGGCCUCGCUACUGGAUGCCCUUUUGCAUCCUUGCUUGGGGCCUGCUGACCCUGGGCACCGGCUUCGUCCACAGCAAGCAGGCGAUCAUGGGACUCCGCUUCGUACAGGCCUUGUUCGAAGGGUCGACCUUCGUCGGCACGCACUAUCUCUUGGGUAGCUGGUACAAGGAUCCAGAACUCGGGAAGCGCACCGGCAUCUUCACCAGCAGCGGACUUGCAGGCACCUUCUUUUCCGGCCUGUUGCAGGGCAGCAUUUAUAGCAGUCUGAACGGCAACAGUGGCCUAAGCGGAUGGAGAUGGAUGUUCGUGAUCGAUUUCCUCAUCACCAUUCCCAUCGCCGUCUUCGUUUACAUCUUCUUUCCCGAUACGCCCCAGACCACCAAGGCGUUCUACCUGACUGAAGACGAGAAGAAGCUGGCAGUGACCAGGCUGGACACCCCGGCCACAGAACACGGCCACGGAACGGUCGACCGGACCAUAUUCAAGCGGGUUUUGGGGAGCUGGGAAAUUUACGGCUUGUGUUUCAUCUGGACCAUGGGGUCCAACUGCGAGAUGUUCUCUUCCAAUGCCAUCCUGAGUCUGUAUCUGAAAUGGACCAAGGACUACUCGGUGGAGUUGGUCAACUAUAUGCCCAUGGCGGUCAGCGCGGUCGGCAUUGUUUGCACCAUCGUGUUGGGAUGGUAUUCCGACUUCACCAGGCGGUCGUGGCACGUCGGCGUGCUCACAUCGUGCACGGCCAUCAUCACGGGUGCCAUCAUGCUGAACCCUCCCAACGAUGUCGCUCGGAUGUUUGCCCUCUACCUCAACGGAAUCCAGUACUCCAACCAGACCGUCAUGUUCGCUUGGGCAAACCGCCUCAUCAUCGACGAUGCGCCGAAGCGGUCGAUUGUCCUGGCGGCCAUGAACACGGUGGCCGUCAUGUUCUAUACUUUUUGGUCCAUCUCCUUUUACGCAGCCGAUCAAGCUCCGAAAUGGAGGCGCGGGAGUAUAGCGAUGAUGGUGUCCGGCUCUUGUAUGAUGCUGGGCGUCUUUGUGGUCAGGUAUCUUGAAGCAAAGACACUCCGGGAGCGUGCCAGAGUUCGUCCGGUCGAGGGAGUCGUCGAGGGAGUCGAUCCUGUGUUCAGUAUGGAGAAGGGUGACAGUAAGGGAGGGGUCGAAGCUGCGGUUCAUGAUGUCAAGUAG